GAAGUAAUUGAAAUUAGUAAACGAAAGGCUGGAAGGAAAAUAGAACAGCCAUGUCUACCCAAGAAGAUGCAAAGUUGCAAUUACUAGUUCGAUGUCUGUCUAAAAAGAUCUACUCACGCUACCAGAUGCCGUUUAAAGGCUAGCUGGCUUUGCACGUUACAAUCUGCAAUUUAUAACUUACUACUCUCGAGCUACUUGCUACUUACUUCUUCUUAGUCAAGGCAAAUUCUGCUGCAGGGAAUAGCUUUCCGCCACCGGACGUAUCAACGGUGAUAGACCUCUUUUCUGUAUUGAGGCCGAGGAAGAUCAAUAAAAUCACUCAGAUUAUUGGUUCCCGAGUAAUUCCAUACCCUCGUUGAACCUAUAAGAUAAAGCUUGUCCCCUUCUCUUUUGAUUCAACAACAAAGUUACAUCGCACAUAAAAAAAACUUCAGUCUUUCUCUCUAUACCACUUUACUUCAACAACACAAUUUUCGUUUCACGAGCAAUCGUCAACGCAAACAUGCAAUUCACAUACGCUGCCAUUUCUGCUCUUCUUGCCUCAGUGGCUUACUCCCAGACUGUCGCUAGUGAAGUGGCACAACUUCCAUCUUGUGCCCUUGCCUGCUUGUCAACAGCUUCCAGUGGUGCUGGAUGCAGUAUUACCGAUUUUGCAUGCCAAUGUGGUGAUGCCAAAGAUGCUAUCACUAAGGCUGCCACUCCAUGUAUCGCAGCUGGAUGUUCUGCCGCUGAUACUUUGAGCACUCAAAAAAUCACUACCGAAAUCUGUGUUCUUCAAGCAGCUGCCGGUUCAUCAGGCUCCUCGGCCGCCGCCUCUUCCACCCAAGCAUCAUCUUCAUCUGCAAGCGAUUCAGCCUCUUCAUCUGCAGUCAGCAACAUUUCCUCAAUCGGUAGCUCUAUUGCCAGUGGGGCUUCUUCAACCGCAUCUUCAAUUCUAUCAUCCGCCUCAUCUGCUGCUUCCGGCGCUGGCUCUUCUGCUACCUCUGCUUCUUCUUCUGCUGCCGCUACAGUUUCUACUGCAGCAGGAAACAGAGUCAAUGCUGCCGGAGCGAUUGUUGGUGCUGGAUUCUUGGCCGCUUUCGCUUUGUAAACAGUCAGCUCGUAUGGGACAUCAUGAUAAGGCAAAAUUAUAUAUGUAAUUAGACUGGAAUGGGAUCAUUGAGAUGAGAGAUAGGGGUUAUGGAUUUUAUCGAGAUAAAUAAUGUCUUUCGAUUCUUUACACAACUUUGCUUGACGGGGAAAAAGGGAAGAGGAAAAGGCAAGGUUGCUGGACUUAUUAUCAAAAUUAUUAUUCUAAUGAAUAACGCAUUAUUGCUGUUCAAUCGCUUCAGCAAUAAUUAGCUUAGACAUAAUGCUAUCAAUCUGAAUAAAAUCAAAUCAAACAAAAUCAAAUACAAUCAAUCAAUUCAUAACUGUCAAAUGAACUCAAAUUACAUCACGUCAAAAAAUCUCGCA